UAGCCGCCGUGGAAAGUGCAGCCUUGCCGGCUGGACCACCGUUUGGUGGCAGUUUUAAGGUGGAAAUCCCCACUGCGGCAUUGUUCGAAUCCACGUCCGAGGAAUCUUCGCCCACAUCCUGCCAGUCCCAUGAUCUAAGCAAUUCUUGGAUUUUGAGUCACCCUUCUGCUCUUAGCAAUUUUGACGAAAUAGUGAGAUCUUCGAAAGGAAAGAAGAUAUCUAUGUUUCUUGAUUAUGAUGGUACACUUUCCUCCAUUGUUGAAGACCCUGACUUAGCUUACAUGACCAAUGAGAUGAGAGAAGCUCUGAGGAACAUUGCAAUGCAUUUCCCUACAGCUAUAGUGAGUGGAAGGUGCACGGAAAAGGUAUACGAUUUUGUGCAGCUAUCACAACUUUACUAUGCUGGAAGCCAUGGAAUGGAC